UCCGGCCGUCCCCGCCGACGCUCUCCGGCCGCCCUCGCUUCCGCUCUCCAGCCGCUGCCGCCGCCCCCGGCGCCGCUCUCCCGCAGCCCCCGCCGACGCUCUCUGGCCGCCCCCGUUUCCGCUCUCCAGCCGCUGCCGCCGCCCCCGGCGCCGCUCUCCCGUAGCCCCCGCCGCCGCUCUCCUGCAGCGCCCCCCCCCCCCGGCCGCAGGAAACACAGGGGAUCGAGCUCCAGCCGCGGCCACUGAAGGAAACGGCGUCGGCAGGUUCCUCCGUCGCCACUCCGGGCUCCUCCACCCCACCCCCUCCGACGGGCUCCAACGGCUCUCUCCGUCCAUUCCCUCGCCCCCGCACUGGCCAUCGAGCUCCAGGCCGACUCCAACAGAAUUGUUGCUGAUUGGGCUGCGUGGUUGUGCAAUUUGACAAGAUUUGAGUGUUGUGCAUUUGCAAGUGCCGUGCAAUGGGAGAAAUUGACAAUUGGAUGCCUCAAAUUGGCAAGAGGUUUAGAAAUCCGGAUGAAGCUUGGCUGUUUUGGGUUGCAUAUGGAGGCCGUGUUGGGUUUGAUGUGAGGAAGAGAAACAAGCAUGUAAGUAAGAUGGAUGGUCAAGUGACUUCAUGCACAUUUGUUUGCUCCAAUGAGGGUAUACGAAAGAAAGGGAUAACAAUGGAUCAUGAGCCAAAACGUGUUCGAGCUGAAACAAGGACAAAUUGCAAAGCUCGCAUGACUAUAUCAUUGGACCGAGUGCAAAGAAAUUACGAAGUCACAGAUAUUGUGUUGGAACACAAUCAUUGUCUUCAAUUGCCACAAACAUGUCACUUGAUGGCAUCACAAAGGAAGAUUUCCGAACUACAAGCUUUUGAAAUAGAAGCUGCCGAGGAUUCAGGAAUAAUGCCCCAAGCUGCACAUGAGUUUGCUUGUCGCCAAGUUGGUGGACCAUUGAACCUGGGCUACACUUGUCGUGAUCAAAAGAAUUAUUUGCGAACCAAGCGACAAAGAGAGUUGGCUUACGGUCAGGCUGGUAGUAUGUUGAAGUAUUUUCAUAACAAAAUGAUCGAAAACCCAUCUUUCCAAUAUGCUUUGCAGCUGGAUUGUGAGGAAGAUAUAGCCAACAUAUUUUGGGCUGAUGCUAAAAUGCUUCUUGACUAUGCACACUUUGGUGACGUUGUCACAUUUGAUACAACUUUUGGCACAAACAAAGAAUAUAGGCCAUUUGGUGUUUUUCUUGGGCCCAAUCAGUUUAGAGAAACCACCAUUUUUGGCGCGGCAUUGCUAUUUGAUGAAACAUUUGAGUCAUUUAAAGUUGCCCCGUCAAAAAAAAAGGGAGCAAAGCAGCAAAAGAAAAAUGAUGGUGGACAGCCUCAAGUGAGAGUGGAGAAGGAUGAUGGUGGACAGCGUCAAGUGAGAGUGGAGAAGGAUGAUGGCGAUAAAAGAGCAAAUGUGGAGCUUGAAGAGAGCAACACGGUUGUCAGUUACACGCAGCUCUUGAUGACUCCCCUUGGUGGUGUUUAUGAUGAAAAUCUGUUCUAACGUGUACAAGCUUGUUAGAUAGUAUUUUGGACAUUUUGACUAGUAUUUUGGACAAAGAUGACUAUAGUAUUUUGGAUUUUGGGCUGACUAUAGUCUUUCGUGGCCUAAGUGUACAAGUAGACUGGCCUAAUUUAUCUACUUGAAGAAUUAUGUAAGAACAGAUUUUGUUGGUGCCGAAUUUGAGUUGCAAAUGCUACAAAGUCUGUAUAUUGUUCAA